AUGGCGGACGUGGCGACGGCGAUGGCGGUGAGUGAUGUCGCGAUGAAUGGGGUGGCGGCGGCGACGACGGGGUCGUGGCCGGAGAAGGCGGUUAGGGCGGAGCGGGGCGAGAUCUUGCUCACGCUGAACCAGUCGAUCAAGGCGCCGAAGGGGUACGCAUACAUGCCGUCCGGCGAUUACGCGCCGUUCGAGGCAACUUGGCAAGAGGGUAAGAAACGCGUGCGUAAGCCUUCGGCCAAGGCGGACGGCGGUGGGAUUUUUGCGGACGAAGACGGGGAUGGGAUGUUUACGGCGCCGGGCGACGACUCGGCGAAACUUCCAGAAGUUCCGGAGAAGCCGGAUGAGGAACUCACGGAGGAGGAGCGUGAGCUGCGUCGAGUCCAGCGUAAGGAGCAAAAGCGACGUCAGAAGGAAGAGUUGCUCAAGCGCCUUCAGCAGAUUGAGGAGGCGAAGAACCAAGUGGCGAGCAUCGAGACGAAGAAGCAGGUUGAGUUUGCUCGUUUGCCGCCGCCGCGCCCAGCUUCGGCUCGAUCGAUCAAGUCCGCGGAAAUGUACGACCCAUACGCCUCCUACGGUGGAUACGGCGGUGGAUCCAAAUCCAAGAAAUCGGCCGUGGCCGCGAACGGCGUCGGUUACAAGAAGUUGAAGGAUGGUAGACCAGUCACCACGAAGCGACUGCAGCGCGAGUACGAAAUCGAACAAGACCGCGAAGCUCGCCGCAAGGAGAUGGUUAGACGAUGCCGUGAGGUGCUGAAUUUGACGAAGAAGCAUAGGUAUCACAAGAUUUUCCUCUUCCCGGUCGAUCCGGUGCGACAAGGCAUCCCUGACUAUCCCCAAAUUGUCAAGAAUCCGAUGGACUUGGGCACGGUGAAGAGGAAGCUCGAUGAGAGGAAGUACGUCGGUCCUGAAGAUUUCUGCGCCGACAUGCGUUUGAUUUUCUCAAACUGCGCUCUUUACAACGGAUCUCAGUCCGAUGCCGGCAUCAUGGGAGAGACUGUGCACCAAGGAUUUGAAGCUGCCUGGUUGCAGAGUGGUCUCGACGACUGGACCGCUUCCGAACAAACCAUUCGCGCUCAAGAAGAAAUCGAUAUCCGCAACACACCGACGACUCCGAUCAGUGUCGAAGCGGUGGCUGUGCAAGAAGCGCGCGAGCAGCUCGAAAAUAUGCGACGCGAGAUCGAGGAACUCAAGCGCGCCAAGCAAGAGGCCAUGUACAAGGAUGACGAUUUUGAUGACGACGACGAGCCCAUCCCGCGACCGAAGUCGCGUUCGCGCAGCUCUGCAGGAGCGAAACGAGCGAGAGAUCCGGAUGAAGAUCCGGACUUCGACUUCGAUGACGCACGAAUGGACGAAGACGUGUACAGAGAGUUCAAGGAGGAGAGCCGAGCGCGAAAAGAAAUCAAGCGCGCGGCUCGUGCUGAGGUGGCUCUGCCCAAGCGGGACAUGUCAUUCGAUGAAAAGCACGAACUCACGAUGUUAUUGCAAGAACUUCCGGAGGAAAAGCAAGGUCGCGUCAUUCAGAUCGUCAGCGAGCAACGUAAGGGCUUGGGCCAGGCGGAUGACGAUGAAAUCGAAAUCAACAUUGAGGAGUUGGAUUCGGAGACUCUGUGGAAGCUCGACAAGUACGUCCGCGGCGUCCUUCGACCGAAGAAGCGCAAACUGAACGCCGCUGAGCAACUUCUUGAGGCGAAGAUGCGUGAGGCUCAGGCGGCCCGUGACCUUGCCGCGGUUGAAGACACGCUCAAGCAAGUGCAAGAGACCGGUGGAAGCUACAAGGAAGUCGUUGAUAAACAGAAGGGUGUUCACGCCAAACCGGCGAAAAAGGUGGCGGAUGAUUCCGACACGGACGACUCAGACGAUUCUGAUUCGGACACAUCGAGCAUGGACAGCGCCGAAGGUGCGGGCAGCAACCCCAAGACGGGCACAGCCGCCGUUCCCACCGGCGCCGGUGCGGGCGCCGUGGAUCAGUCCACCAACUUGGGAGUGAAAGACACGCCCGGAAUCAAGCAAAACACCUCCAAGGCGGCGGUCGAAGUACAAAACGCGUCCGGUUGGCAAAACCUCGCGAGCUCCGACGCUCCGUCUCCCGCGCCGGUCGUGACGGCGGACGCCAUUCCGGAUGAGCUGUGGAGUGAGUUCGAAGCGGCCGCUCAGCAAAAGCAACAACUUGAUAAGUCUCGCCAGGAAGACGCCGCGCAGGCGAAGGCUGAGCAAGAACGAAUCGAAGCCGAAAAGAAAGCCGCCGAGGAGGCGAAGCGAGCUGCGGAAAUCGCCGCCAAGGAAGCGGAAGCGAAGGCUCUCGAGGAGGAGCGCGAAAAGGCGCGCGCUGACCUCGAAAACCAAGAGCAAACGGUCGACAUUGAGGAACAGCGUCAAGCGAUGAAGCAGUUCGCUGGCGACGGCAUGGGUGGAAUGAUCGGAGCGAUCGAUCCCUCCAUGCUCAAGGGAUCGGAAUAA